AUGCGCUCCCGGUCCGGAAGUAUGAAUCGGCCUAGCGACGCCGAAUCCGAUCAAGAAAACAAUCAGCAGUCCGUCAGUCAAACAGACCACUCGGCGGUUACCAGCCGCGGUGCACCGGCACGUCACUCCCGCCGCGAGCGGUCUGGGUAUGAGCAGCGAUCAUGGACCAGAGCGAGCGAUAGACGGACCAAGGGAACAACGGGGUCGAAGAGUCGGUCCGUCUCGAGACAUUGA